ACGACUACGACGACGACGACGACUACAACGACGUCGACUACCACCACCACCUCUACCGUCAUCAACCACCACAGCGACGACGUUGACAAGUGAAGCACAUACGCCACUCGUAUACGACAGUGGCUCCCACAAAAUUCGUAACUCUUUUCAUUAUCAUCAUCUCUAUAAAACUUUAAAAUUUCAUUUUUGACAACCCCAAUUCCCAAUUAUCUAUCCGUCAGUCGUUGUUACAUCAACCAACUCUUCGCCCAACGUAAAAGACAAUUACCAUCAAUAAUAAAUUGUUUUAUAAAACCGUUUGACAUUACAUCAGUUCAAGAGGUUCGCGCAAAGCCGGGAAGCCGGACGUGAAAAAUAAACCUUUAGUGAGUGAUUAUUAUCGGUUAAUAUAUAUAUAUUCAUAUACAUAAACUUCUUUCUAGUCUAUCUUGUCCUUGAAGUUUAGUGUAAAGUAUUAUAGUAAUAAAGAAAAAAAUCAAUCGACCGGUAUCGAGUAUCGUAUGUGUGAUUGUAAUCAAAUGGAAAGGUGAUUUGGUCCUUGUGUACAAUAAAAGUAUAUAUUUAUUUGGAGAUAUUGAUACACAGAGGAAUUACUGGAAGUGUCACUGCCACGAGGUAACAUAAAAAAAUAAAUAGGUAGUGAGAGUGAUCAUAAAGUAUAAUACAGUAAGUAGGUGGUUGUGUAGAAGGUGUGAAAGCCAAAGGUGGAGAAGCUUAUAGCUACAAAAACGGCUGCCGAAGAGCGUAGACCGAGACCUGACGUGUCCACGACACGGGACACGGUGUCCGUCGGCCCCUAGGCCGUGUCACUACUGUUCCACUGCCCCAUACAACGCGGCCUCAUGAUUGGUUCAUUCUGGAACCUGUGCCGUGCGUGCCCUUCGAUGCCAAUUGAUAAGCUCCACUCAGAGUACAGGAGCACAUAUACAUGGCAUGAGUAUACAGGGCCGCAUCAGGAGCACACAGUUGUACGUCGUGCACCCCAAGCACCACCAACUUCCACGAAGCAAGUGACCGCGAAGCUACAAUCCGCCAAGUCAACUGAGGAUGAAAAUAAUACCGAAGGACCAACAUUGGAACCUCCAUUGCCGAGACGAAAGAAGUGCCCGGAGCUUGCUUACAGACAUCAUGAAUUCAUCACUGCCGCUGACGCUGGUGGAAUUGAUGCCGUGGACACCAAUGUCGUGGCUGAUAAAGUUCGGGAGGUGACAGGAAGCACAGUACUACCAGCAAGCCAGCUGAGUAAGGCGAUUUCACGGAUAAGUACUGAGUAUCGAUUGCAAUUCGCUUGGCCAAGGCGAGCCCAGCUGACAAAUGGCGAUACUGUAGCACAGCUACCAGCAGCUGGCGGUGCUAGUGGUAAUGCCGGUGGACCACCAAGAAAAUCAUUGAGCAUGGGUGCACUAAAACAAGGGAUACCUUCAUCAGGACCUGCCCCAGUUCACAUGAAAAAACGACCUGGAGAUGUUGAUCACAAACGCGAUGGAGUACAACCAUCUGAGCUCGAACCACUAGUGGGCAAUAAUACUGAUAAUAUUGACGGAGUCGUUCUUGAAGCUGAAGAACGUGAUGAGGAUCUUGCUGACCUCAAAGUUGCCUUCAGGUCGGUUACCAAAGAAGAAAAAGAGAAAGAAAAUACGCGGAAGGUUGCGCCUAUUUCAAAUAUGCCACCAGCUGGAAGACCAUCGUCUGUACAAGCGAGACCAAUUUAUGAAAUUCUGCAAGAUGAUUUGAAAGCUGUUGAUACCGAGAAGGCUAUAGCUCGUGCUAGAAAAGAAUUUUUGUUCCGUCAUCAUUUAGAUCGCACCACCGGGAUAUGUGAUGGCGCAUUACUGCCUUCUCCAACAAGAGAGAAGCUGGAGCCAGUAGUGCCGCGACGUCGUGAUGACUCAAAAGAAUCUCACCGUGAAGAAAUUCAACCGCGAACUAAAUCAAGCCCCAAGAAUAGUCCGCGAACUGGUCGUUCUCAAAGUAUGGGUCCAUUAAGUAGAUCUCCAAAGCGACAAACACCAAGAACACCCUCAGUUAGCAAAGAUAUCAAGGAAAAAGAAAAAGAACAUAAAGAUAAAGAACCGAGAGACAGAAGUGGCGAGCCAGAAAGGCAUCCACGUCCGACCUUCCUCGCGACAACCGCUUCCCCUCGUCCUCUUCAUCUUGCCGCGAAAACAAAUCUACUAUCAAAUACAACAACAACAACAUCAACAACAACAACAACAAAUACAAAAGUUGCCCCAAAUAAGCUUCACGCGGUUCAUCAAAGCGCUCGCGACCGCUCCGUUGGCCGGUCAGCCAUCAAGUCAGCCUCAGUAGCAGCAACCUCGGGCUCGAGAUCAUUGGACCGGGUCACCAGUAAUAAUCGUAAUAAUCUUAGUCAUAGUCCAGUAGUUGCGCGAGCCCGAGGAUCAGCCAAAGCCAAGGCAGCAUCCGCGCCUACUGCUGAUCACCCAUCCAAAUCAUCCUCUAUCACCGACAAUCGAAUUCAAUCGUACCGAGCUAAUGCAGCCCUGCAAGCUAUGACCGCGGAGCCGCAUAUGAAUGGGGACGGAACGGGCGGCGAGUCAAGCGUAGCGUCGACCCCUCCGUCGCAAGCUGCCACCGUGUCGGCACCAGCGGCAACCGCGGUGAUAACAAGCAGCCCGUGGUUCGACGACGAGCCUGUGAUAAAGAGUCCACCGGAACCGACACGCGUAAAAAGUCCGGAGCAGAUGAUAAUGCGGUCACCGGAGCCAGUAAACUGGACGGUGCCAUUGGACACCGGGAAGACGUUUACAGUGACGCAAAAUGUUCGCGAGGGAGAACCGCUAACGAGACCUCACAGCGAAGCGAAAACCUGGGCAGCACCAACAGUCCACUCAGCACCGCAAUCAGCACCACCGGAACUGGCGGCACUGCACAAAUCUCAUCCGCAACAGCAGCACUCUCAGCACUCGGGUUACAAGUCUCCGGAGAGCGAGAGCGUGUCACUGGGGAGUUACACGGGUCUAAACGGUCACAAGGAUAUGGAUUCAGAGAGGGACAGUCCAUUACCAAGCAAUCUACAGGGUACACCGACCCCAACCCAAAGUGAUAAGGGUUCAAUAGCAGCAGAUAAACCAGAAGAAUCUAAAGACCCAGCGAUAAAACCUGUCGCCGGCACAAGCUUGAGAUGUUUAGAAGAUCCAGUAUUUGAAUUUGAAAAGAGUAAAACCGAGGGAGUGCCAGCAGUGGCAACAACAGCACCAACAACGACAUCAACAUCAACUGCCACAGGAUACCGUGUCCUCGAGGCAGAAGAUCCAGUUACAGAAUCACCAGCAUCUGUCCCAACAGGAUCCGGUUAUCAUGUACUUGAAGCGCCAGCUUUGAGUCCAGGUUCAGCUCAACGAUCGGUCGCGAGUGACGUACUCGAGAUCGCUCGCAAUAGAUUUGAUAAAUUCUGGGGCAAGGGCUCUGAUAAUCAAGCUUAAAUAAUAAUCUUUAUAUACUGAUACUUUAUGAUACGACGGGAUGAUAUGUAGGCGAGCAUUGAUAAUAAAUGAAUGAAUUUAAUGAGAUAAAGAAUGAUGACAACCAACAAAAGGUGUCAAGUUUUUUAGGUGCUUGUCAUCUUUAUUAAGCGUGUGCUUGUUCUUUGUAGAGCGUGAUAAUAGUGUGAAAACUCUUGAAGAUAAAAAAAUGAUGAUGAUAAUGAUGAUGAUGAUGAUGGUUAUCAUGAUAAAGGUGGAGAGGAAGUAAAGAAAGGAGAGAUUGAGUAGAAUGACAAAUACCAGAUUCAGAGUAGCGAUUAACUCGCUGAUGAGCUUCAUAUGCUAUCGUAUAAAUCAAUAGUCUGCUUUGUGCAUUUUAGAUUUAUGUCGAUUUAUGAUGCGAGGGAAAUAGGAUAUUGAUCAUUAAUAUGAUUUAUAUCAAUCAUGUUAAUGAUCUGAAUGGUGAAGAUGAUGAUAGGAAUGUUUAUCAUUUUCAUUGAUUGCAUAACAUUCAUUCAAAAUUGAGCUUUUGUUAAGGUCAUUCUCAGACAGUGCUCUCUAUUUUUUAAAAAUUUUCAAUGACUUUCAACUGUCAUGUGUAUUAAAACUUUAUUAAUUAAAUUAAAAAAAUUGAAAAAAGAACAACGAAGGCAAUUUUGCUGAAAUAUAGAAUUUUAAAAAAAUGAUUUACAGUUGUCAUCGAUUAGGAGUUCAACCAAAUUUUUUUAAUAUAUUUAAGUCUACCAAAUUUGAAAAUUCUAAUUAAAAAAUUGACAUGAUUUUCUUGAAAUUUAUUCAACAAAUUUUACUUAGUUCCUAAUUGAUAACAAAUGUAGGUAAAUUUUUUUGUCUAUAUCUCAGGAAAAUUGUGACUACGUUGUACUUUUUUCAAUUAAUGAUUUAAGGUCAUUUUCAAAUUAUACCUCCCACUUUUUAAAAAUAUUCAGUGACAACUACCGUAGAUGAAUUAAAAUUUUAUUAAUUAAUUGAAAAAAAAAAAAUGCUUACAAUUGACAUCAACUAGGAGUAAAACGAAAUUUUUCAAAUAAAUUCCAGUAAAAUUUUGAUGUCAAUUUUUAUAAUUCAAAUUUUGUAGGCGCAAAAUCACUUACCAAAUUUCGAUUAACUCUUAAUUGGUACCAAAUGUAAGUAAUUUUUUUAAAAAUCUAUCUUUAAUUUUUUUAAAAUUAAUUAAUAAAAAUUUACUGCAAUCAUGACGCAGUCAUUAAAUAUUUUUAAAAAAGUGGGGGUACUGAGAAUGCCCUUAAUUUUUGAAAAUUGAUAAAAUUUAGAUACAUUUAUGACAGGAGUAAUUGAAAAUUUUAAAAAAGUGGGGAGCACUGCCUGAGAAUGGCUUUAAGCUAUUUUAUUAGCUUAUCAAAAUAAUCACGAGCUUUUAAAAUCAUCCUUUAAAUUAAAAUUAACAAUUAUUAAAUAAUUAACGCUUUUAUUCCAUAAUCACAAGCCUCGUGAUCAAGCUCCUUCAUAUUUAUUUUAUCAUAAAAUAAUAAAAUAUUUAAAUAAAGUUUAGAUAGGUUGCACUAAAAAAUAAAAAAGAUUUUAAAUAAAAUACAAUCUGAAGAGAUUUGAUAAUUAUCAAGUAAACGUAGCAGUACGUUAAUAAAAUUCCGUCUGAAAUUUUUUAAUACACAUAACAUCAUUUUAUUUAUACUUGAGGUAAUUCAAAAUAUUUAAUCAGUUUUCUAGACUGAUGUAUAGUCAAACAAUGCUUAGUUUUGUUUUUACUAAACGAAUAAAAGCAAAAAAUAUUAUUUUUAAAAUUACUUUGAGUUUGAUGCCGGUUAACCGGCAGAAUUUAUUACAAAAAAAUAAAAAAAAUAAAAAAAAAAAAAAUGCUUUGAAGCGAAACCCCUGAAGAAAUGUUCCCCGAGGGACAAAUUAAUACGAGGAUUCAAUUUAAAUUAUAAUUAAUAAUAAACGUAUGGAUGAUUGUCAUUAUAGAGAAGAAACUAAAAUAGAUAGACAUAAAUAAUAAAUUAAUACAUUGCCAUAAAUGAUAAAGAAGAUGAAUAGCAGACGUAAAAAAAAUAAAAUUUGUAAUCAACAUUUUUUAAUAAUAAAUAAUCUCAUAAUUUAAUAAAACGUAUACUUAACGCUGCUAUGUACUGGUAACAUUACUUCGGGGAACAAUCUUCCUCGCUGGUGUUUUAAUUAUGAGAGAAUUUAUCCAACAAUUGAAUUAUUAACACCAGAGAAAUAACAGAGAAGAUGAAUAAUUUGAAAUAACGAUUGUGGAGAGGAGAAAAAAAGAGGAGAGACGAAAGGAUUUAUACUAAAGUAUAAAAUAUUCGGUUUGAAGGAAAAAAAUAUAACAACUUAAAUACGAAUGAAUGAUUGCGUAAUUAAAAAUAGCAAUAUACAAUGAGCUUUAUUCUCUCACGCGUAAAAAUACACCAGUGUACCACACUCCAUCCAGAUCCACGUCCAAAGUCCAGAGAAACCAACCAACCGUAGUAAACAUUAUAAAAAAUUUAACUAAACAAACAAAAAAUAAAUAAAAAAUAAAAAGUUAAGGAAAAGGAUCAAAAUGUUUUAGACAACCAAAGAACAAAAUAAAUGAAUAAGUACAUAAAUAAAGAUAAAAAUGACUGAUGGAACAAUGAACGUAGGACUCAGGAGGACUUUUGCGAUUAGAGAGAGUUAAGCGAUUUAAAUAUAAAUAAAGUUUCCUUAAUCUCAUUGAGAUUAAAAUCCUGUACUAAAAGGACUCGUGGCUCCGAGCUUUUUAUUUUUAUUUAUUUAUUUAUUUUAUUUAUUUAUUUAUUUAUUUAUAUAAUAAAGAUCUUACGAUACCCGCAGCCUCUCUCUCGCGUUUAAAUUAAUUAGCUAAACUUGGCGGCAUACCUAAUUCAUUUAUUUGUUUAUUAAAGUAACUAGUAAUACCAUUGACAAACAAAAAUUACCAUUACAAGCACUUUGCAAGCUCACACUGCCCGUUUAAAUCUAGGCACUUGUCUUGUGAUCUGGACAAUUUAAUUUCCAGGAGUAAUAAAAUAGAGUAUUACGCACCAGGGAAGAACAAUAGGAAAUUAUGAUCCGCGUGUGUAAUUGUGUACUCGAGCCGAAGGUGAACACGUGGAUUGGGUCCUACUUAUCUUGGUGUCUACAAAGUUUGCAAAAGAAUGGGCUUUUUUCCCACUAUUUGGCUAUGAAAAAAUCCAUGACUUUGUACUAACGCGCAUGCGCAGUAAUAAUUGUAGAAAAAUAGUGGAAAAAGCCCAUUCUUUUGCAGACUAUAUACAAUUUUUCAUCAGAUCUGCACCUGAAAGUUUAAAUUUUUACUUGUUUGUAAGAAGAACUUGUCUGAUUUUUGACAUUUGUUUUCUUAUAAAUGAAAAAAAAACGACUUUGUUCCCUUUAAACAGAGCAGGAAUUUAAACUUUCGGUGUAGGUAUGAUGAAAAAAUAGUAUAUUGUGUGACGAGGGAUGAAACAAAAUAAUUUCAGACUAGGGUGAAGGCUGACAUUACCCGCAGUUUGAAAUCGCGUUUCAUCCUGAGUUACAUACUAGACUUUUCAUGAUUACCUGCAUUGGAAUUUAAAAUUUUAGUGUCAGCAGUCAGUCAGAAACAAGUUAAUUCAAGAUCAAUGGUGUCAUCAACUAUUAAAUUGUCAUUUGCAAUUUAUAAUUAAGCAGACAUUAUAUAUACUAUUUCUGUCCUCUGACUUAAGAAAUUCAAAAUUUACGCGCGUACUAAUAUUCGCGGCAUUGGACUGAAAUUUGUUUAUUUCAACUGGGUGUAGACACACUGAAACUUUAAAUUUCAAUGCUGGUCAUAAAAGUUAUUUAAACAAAUAAAUAAUAAAGAAAAAAAAACCAAUGUGAUCCUUCCCUUUGUCCUGACGAUAAAAGGGCAUUUGAUUUUUGUUUUUGUAUUAAAAUAGACUCGAUUGUCGUUUCUAGACGCAACGGAUCGACUCACGUGCUGGUCACGAAUUUUUUUUACAUGUAUUAAUUUUUAAAAAAAUUAAUUUAUCGACUUCGAACUAUGAACUAUCAAGAUCAAUUCAAAUAAGAACUGAUAAUAAAUACGAGCUUCUAGGAACGAUAAAUCAAUUACAGUAAGACAAUCCCACAUUCGGUGUUAUUUGUACAAGGGAUUACGGAGUAGAGUAGUGGUAUGCUGCAGGAGAGAGAGGAUUAAAGUAGGAUGGGGGGAAAAAUAUAUAAAUAUAUAUAUAUUAAUAAAUUAAUACUUAAUAAUAAUAAUAAUGAAUAAUUAAUGAAUUAAUUAACAAGAGUAAGAUAAUCGUUGUGGAAAUGCCCAAGCGAUCAAGGCAACCCGGGAUUUAAUUUUGCAUCCCCGCCUUAGUCCGUAAUGCCUAUUAUAAAUAGAUAGAUCAUAUAAUAACGAUAAAUAUACAAUAUAACAAUUAAAUGAAUGAUGAAAGGUAAAAAUAAAAAAACACGAUGAAAGCUAUUAAUAAAAUAUUUAAAAAUGGUAAUGGAAGUUAAUAAAAUGCAUUAAAUGGUUUAAUACCGACACUGUUUUGCUAAAAUACGAGAAAUAUUAUAAAUGAUAAUUAAUAAAUAAAAUGUAUUGUUGAUUUAAUGUUUAUAUAAAAUGUCAGAGUUUAAGAUCGGAGAUACAACGAAUUUGUAACUCGUUAUAAGACACAAUUAUUUGUAUUUAUAAUUAUUUUUUUUUAUUUGUAAUCAAAAGUUUUUGUAUUAAUGAGUAUAUUAAAAUAUUAUUCAUAUAUUUAUAAUUAAAAUUAUAAUUAAUUAAUGUAAUGCGAUUGAUGGUGAUAAAGAGAAAGUGAAAGUGAAAGAUUUAAAGAGGGGAGAGACAUAAAUUUUUUUAAUUAUUGGCCUCUGGUGUUGCCUUAUGAAUUAGUUUUGCAGGGUAAUUAUUAUGUAAUCGUGAUGUUAAUCAAAGCUUUUAAUGAAAAUAUAAAAGUUUCUCAUAUUUUGCAAAACAGUUUACGGCAGGAUAUUUAAUAAUAAAUAAAAACAAAAAUAAUUGACAUGACUGAGUCUAUUAUUUUGCAGUAAUUACGUUUGAUACAAUUUUUCCUCGCGUUAUAUCGUUAAUAAUUAAAGUAAUUAAUAAAAGAUAAAAAUAAAUAAGGCAUUGAUCGCGUAAUUAAUGAGUAAAAUAAACUGUAACGCAUGUGAUUGUUGUCGUUUUAAUUUUUUUUGCUAAAAUUAUUAUUUUUAAAAAGUGUUAGUUGAUAAUUGUAAAGACUGGAGUUUAAUCCUGAUAAUUUUAUGUAAUUGUUAAGUUAAAAAAUGCUUUUUAGGUGAUUAAU